GGGUUAAAAGUGCUGUCUUCUUUAUUUCAGAGCUCUAGGGGAAGAUGUUGUCUCUUCUGACGUCUCUCGAUUAAGAUACCUGAGAACAGGUUCAGUAAGAAUCCAGGUUGUUGAAGAAGACGCUUACGAAUGUACUGAAAUGAGAAGUUGUAAACACUUUUUUUUCCCUUUCAUCUCUACUGCCUAAGAAACCAUAAUCCAAAGCACUUCUGAAACGCAUGCCCAGAUACGUGAAGUCUGUGAAGUUUCUUGUCCAAACUGACCGUUUCUCAGUAAGUCGUGCAUAUCCACAUGUUUGGGAUAUGUAUAUAGUACUCUGAAGAAGAAUUGCUUUCUGUAUAAAAUUCCCAGCAGGAACAUUUUGUUAUGGACAGCUUUUUCUGGAUUUAUAUCCGGAGAGACUAAUGCCUAGAGUUGAAAGGCAUUUAGUAUACACUGAAAAUCUGGCUUCCCUUCAGUUUUUCCAGAUGUAGUGUCUCCCCUGUAUGCUGGGAACGUGCAUAACUGCAUAAACUACAGAUGUAGCCAUGGAGCUGCAUGGACUUUUGAGCCGUAGGAGAAGUAUUGUUGAGCAUUGGUAUCAGAUGCUGCUUCAUGAUGUCAGUUGAGCAGUGAUUGUGUUUCACUACUUCUUACAACAUUCGAAUGGAGUAACACCCUUUGCGAGAAGAUGCUGUUAGCCUUCCCCAUAACACUUAACUGAUUAUGUUACGCGUUCUCAAGUUCUGAGCAGAAGAUCUUUCUGUGCAAGAUGAACCCAUGCCUCCCUGCACUAAGAUGUUGAAGGUGUACUGCUGCUUAUGACAAGUCCAAGAGAAGAAGCUUUGUAAAAUGGCUCAAACCAGCUUGCUGCAGGGAAAGCAGUUUUACUGUAGGGAGUGGGUUUUCCACAAGCUUCAGCACUGCCUCCAGGAGAAAGCUAACUGCAGCGGUAGUGCUGCCAACAAACCAUCUCUUGCAGCAAGUUCUGGGAAUAAUACCGGUGUUGUCUCUGGGAGAGGAGCUGCCUGGGGUGUAUUGUUGGUAGGAGGGCCUGGUAGUGGGAAGACAGCCCUUUGUACUGAGUUACUCUGGCCAAGCUCACCUGCAAACCUGCAAAGAGGCUUACAUCGGCAAGCCCUAGCCUUCCAUUUCUGCAGAGCCCAGGACUCCGACACGCUGUGUGUUGGAGGGUUUGUUAGAGGUUUAGUUGCACAAAUCUGCCGCAGUGGACUGAUCCAGGGAUAUGAGGACAAACUAAGAGAUCCUGCCAUUCAAAGCCUUUUGCAACCCGGGGAAUGUGAGAGGAAUCCUGCUGAAGCAUUUAAAAGGUGCAUUCUGCUUCCUCUUCUGGGAAUGAAGCCCCCUCAGCAGAGCCUCUUCCUGCUCGUAGACUCAGUUGAUGAGGGCUGCAACAUCUCUGAGGGUGAACAGACCUCUACAAGUCUAUCUGGAACGAUAGCAGAGCUGUUAGCUGGCCACUUUGAGUUCUUCCCUCCCUGGUUGCUCCUACUGUGUUCUGCCCGCAAGCAGAGUAAAGCUGUUACAAAAAUGUUUACAGGUUUUAGAAAAAUAAGUUUGGAUGAUCUGCGGAAGGCGUACAUUGUGAAGGACGUGCAGCAAUAUAUUCUGCAUCGUUUGGAUCAGGAGGAAGCGCUGAGACAACAUCUGACAAAAGAAACUGCCGAAAUGCUGAAUCAGCUUCACAUCAAAAGCAGCGGCUGCUUUUUGUAUCUGGAACGUGUCCUAGAUGGAGUCGUGGAGAAUUUUAUUAUGUUACGAGAGAUCCGUGACAUUCCGGGAACAUUGAAUGGCCUAUACCUUUGGCUCUGCCAGAGACUUUUUGUGAGAAAACAAUUUGCAAAGGUGCAGCCUAUUCUUAAUGUGAUUCUUGCAGCCUGUAGGCCGCUAACCACAACGGAACUGUAUCAUGCGGUGUGGACCAAAAACAUGACAUUGACUAUGGAAGACUUUCAGCGCAAAUUGGAUGUCCUGUCCAAAGUUCUUAUUGAUGGACUUGGGAAUACAAAAAUAUUGUUUCAUUAUAGUUUUGCUGAAUGGUUGUUGGAUGUGAAGCACUGCACGCAGAAAUACCUGUGUAAUGCAGCUGAGGGGCACAGAAUGCUAGCCAUGAGCUACACCUGCCGAGCAAAGGACUUAACACCAUUGGAAGCUCAAGAAUUUGCGUUGCAUCUAAUUAACUCCAAUUUACAGUUAGAGACUUCUGAGCUGGCCUUGUGGAUGAUAUGGAAUGGCACACCUGUCAAAGAAUCCCUGUCAACCUUAAUUCCCAAAGAACAAGAAGUGUUACAGCUCCUAGUGAAAGCUGGUGCUCAUGUCAACAGUGAGGAUGACCGUACAUCCUGCAUUGUGAGGCAGGCUCUGGAAAGAGAGGACUCCAUCCGCACCUUGCUAGACAAUGGGGCAUCAGUCAACCAGUGUGACUCAAACGGGAGAACACUCCUGGCCAACGCUGCCUACAGCGGCAACCUCGAUGUAGUUAACUUGCUGGUUUCCAGGGGAGCAGAUUUAGAGGUAGAAGACACUCAUGGUCAAACAGCACUUACCUUAGCUGCACGGCAGGGGCACACCAAAGUGGUGAAUUGCUUGAUAGGGUGCGGGGCCAAUGUAAAUCACACGGAUCAUGAUGGCUGGACAGCAUUGAGAUCUGCAGCAUGGGGUGGGCACACUGAGGUAGUUUCUGCGCUCCUUUACGCUGGAGUCAAAGUGGACUGUGCAGAUGCUGACAGCCGAACUGCAUUGAGAGCAGCGGCCUGGGGAGGGCACGAAGAUAUUGUGCUGAAUCUGCUUCAGCAUGGGGCUGAAGUGAAUAAGGCUGAUAAUGAAGGCAGAACAGCAUUAAUUGCAGCAGCAUAUAUGGGGCACAAAGAGAUAGUGGAGCACCUGCUGGACCAUGGUGCAGAAGUGAACCACGAGGAUGUGGAUGGAAGGACGGCAUUGUCAGUUGCUGCACUUUGUGUUCCAGCCAGCAAAGGGCAUGCCUCGGUGGUCAGCCUUCUCAUUGACCGAGGUGCUGAAGUUGACCACUGCGAUAAGGAUGGCAUGACGCCGCUGCUAGUGGCUGCUUACGAAGGACAUGUGGAUGUUGUUGACCUGCUCCUGGAGGGAGGAGCAGAUGUGGAUCACACAGAUAACAAUGGUCGUACACCACUCCUGGCUGCAGCCUCCAUGGGCCAUGCCUCGGUUGUAAAUACUCUCUUAUUUUGGGGUGCAGCUGUUGAUAGCAUUGAUAGUGAAGGGAGAACGGUUUUGAGCAUAGCCUCUGCACAAGGCAACGUUGAAGUAGUACGGACUCUGCUGGACAGGGGGCUGGAUGAAAAUCACAGGGAUGAUGCAGGCUGGACACCUUUGCAUAUGGCAGCUUUUGAAGGUCACAGGUUGAUAUGUGAGGCUCUUAUAGAACAAGGUGCUAGAACAAAUGAGAUUGAUAACGAUGGACGUAUACCUUUCAUAUUAGCUGCACAAGAAGGUCACUAUGAUUGUGUGCAGAUAUUGCUGGAAAAUAAAUCCAACGUUGAUCAGAGAGGCUAUGAUGGGAGAAACGCUCUCCGUGUUGCUGCUUUAGAAGGUCACAGAGAGAUAGUUGAACUACUGCUCAGCCAUGGAGCAGAUGUAAACUAUAAAGAUGCUGAUGGCCGGCCAACACUCUAUAUUUUAGCAUUAGAAAACCAGCUUACAAUGGCUGAGUAUUUUUUAGAAAAUGGUGCAAAUGUAGAAGCUAGUGAUGCUGAAGGAAGAACAGCGCUCCAUGUUUCCUGCUGGCAGGGCCACUUGGAGAUGGUACAGGUGCUGAUAACAUACCAUGCUGAUGUGAACGCUGCAGAUAAUGAGAAGAGGUCUGCUUUGCAGUCUGCUGCAUGGCAAGGUCACGUGAAGGUAGUGCAGCUUCUCAUUGAGCAUGGAGCUCUGGUUGAUCAUACAUGUAACCAAGGUGCUACUGGACUCUGCAUCGCAGCCCAAGAAGGGCACAUUGAUGUUGUCCAGAUAUUACUUGAGCAUGGUGCUGAUCCAAAUCAUGCCGAUCAGUUUGGGCGCACUGCAAUGCGUGUUGCAGCUAAAAAUGGGCACACUCAGAUUAUUAAAUUACUGGAAAAAUAUGGUGCAUCUACUCUGAAUGGCUGCACUCCAUCUCCUGUCCACACUAUGGAGCAAAAACCCUUACAGUCGGUCUCUUCUAAAAUGCAGUCCUUAACAAUGAAGUCAAAUAGUUCAGGGAGUACUGGUGGAGAUAUGCAGCCUAGCAUGCGGGGCUUAUCUAAUGGACCUGCUCAUGCCUUCAGUUCUCCUUCAGAGUCCCCCGAUUCUACGGUUGACCGUCAGAAGUCAUCUUUAUCAAAUAAUUCCCUGAAAAGUUCCAAAAACUCUUCUCUCCGUACCACAUCGUCAACAGCAACUGCUCAGACUGUGCCCAUUGAUAGUUUCCACAGCCUCUCCUUUACAGAACAAAUACAGCAGCAUUCCCUGCCACGCAGCAGAAGCAGGCAAUCUAUUGUUUCUCCUUCUUCCACAACCCACUCCCUAAGUCAAAAUCAUAAUUCUCCAAGUAGUGAAUUUGAAUGGAGCCAAGUGAAACCUAGUUUGAAAUCAACAAAAGCUAACAAGGGGGGGAAAACAGACAAUUCCAGCAAGUCUGGGUCAGCUGGAAAAAAAAUCAAACAAAAUAGUUCCUCCCAACCAAAAGUGUUAGAGUAUGAAAUGACUCAGUUUGAUAAACGAGUACCUGUUGCCAAAUCUGGGACAAGCGUGCCACUGAAAUCCAUGCCACCAGAGCCUCAGUGCAAAAUCUUGGUGCCGCCAGCUCAGCAAGAGGUCGGUCGAUCUCAGCAGCAGUUCCUAAUUCACCAACAGAGUGGAGAACAGAAGAAGAGGAAUGGAAUCAUGACAAAUCCGAAUUAUCAUCUUCAAAGCAAUCAGGUUUUUCUUGGUAGGGUUUCUGUCCCACGAACAGUGCAGGAUCGAGGGCAUCAGGAGGUGUUGGAAGGCUACCCUUCUGCAGAGACAGAACUCAGCCUUAAGCAAGCCUUAAAACUGCAGAUUGAAGGUGGUGAUCCAAGCUUCAACUACAAGAAAGAAACACCAUUAUAAAAGGUCAGUUUCAUGAUGCCGUGAACAGAAGCACUUCUGCUCCAAGUGAUUUAUCAGCGGGCUGGGAUGGAAGCAUACAGUUCUUGUUCAGUCCACCUAAAAACUCAAGAAUGUGAAUACUACAGUACAGUUACCUUAAUUACUGUAACGUGCCUACAUUUUCGGGCUGCCUUCCACCAUAUUACCCUCCGUGCUUCAAAAGUUUAUUUUGUGUAGUUCAUAUUUAAUACACAGAAUGAGCACUUUUUUUUUAACUGCAGAAAGAUACAUGUGAUAUUUCCCUGACAACAGCUGAAAAUAGUAAGAACGAGGAAUUGUGAUUUCCUCUUCCAGAAUGCUUAGCAAAGGUGCAUGUGCCAGAGUGAACUGUGUAUGAGAAGGCCAUGCUUUCUGUAUUUAUUUUCCUGUGGCUAAAGGAAAGAAAUGCAAACGCUUUGUCACAUUUGCAUUGAUGUAGUGUAUGGUCAGUCUUUUCUGUGUGCUUCAAAAAGUUGUCUCAAGGAAUACAAACCUUGUAGUGGGAUUUUAUAAAUACUGUACUUGUAUGUUCUGUCUAUGUAAUAGCCGGUCAGUGGUAGCAAAGGAGUUGGACUGCAGCCCUCUGCAGUAUCCUUGGAAUUUUCAAGAAACAAAAUCCAGUGUCUGGUACUACAGCGCCAAAUCUGGAUGGCAGACUGUGACCACUGAAAGUGAUAGGUGAAUUUGUCUUGGACUCCUGGUCUUCAAUAGCCUCAGUUAUUGUUACAAUAAUGAGGCAACCGAAUAUGGGUAUUUCUUAGGUGCUAAAGUAGAAGGUCUGAUCCUGCUUUCCUGUAUGUCUUUAUACAUUAGAAACAGCUCUUUAUUUUUCCAAAGUAAAGGACUGCAUUGAAAAUGUCAAUAAAACCAAUGUGGAAAACACAGAAGCUUUGUUAGGCUGAAAGAAUACACAAUGAGAGUAUAAUGGAGAAAGAAAAACUUAAGAAUACCGUUGUCUGUGGACUACAAAGAUUACUGAGUUAUCCCUGUCCUGGGACAGUAACUCUUUAAAGCACAAACUUGUAUGAAUGUGGUUACUGCUUCUGAUGGAUUAGGUAGAGACAGUGUUUCUCUGGACACAGAGCGUGGUUAAUCAGCAGCAUGGCUCGUCCCUCUACAGGUAAUGGAGACCUGGUUCCCUGCUCUCACAGCUGAAAAGAAUUACAUAUAUAGGGGAGAGCAAAGUCAAGACAGUCGCUGUGAAAGCAAACACUUUGAAUUUUUCCCUUGAAUGUGUGUAUCUUACUUGCACAGCUCUGAGUGAUAGAAUGAAACAAUUGAUUAUUUUCUCCUAAAUAUGUAAUCUAUAUUCUACUAUUCACCUUGACACGGUCUUGCUCUUUAGAAAAUAAGCCUAUUUUUGUAAGUCAGUAUUUCUUCUAAAGGCUUGAGAUUCGUCUUUUUCAUACUCUGAUUCUGAUCAUUCCACAAAGAAGAUGGUAGAAACCUGGCAUUAUUUUUUCAUAGAGGAUUGAUUAGAUGUGUGGCUAUCGUUAAACUUUGCUCAGUGGCCCCUGGAUGUAUGUGUAGUGCAUAUUCUGAAGCACUAAAGGUCAUUGUGUUUUGUUAUCGUAAUUAACAAUAGUCAGAACAUUUUCUGAAGUUAGUUUUUUGUGGGUUGUCUUUGUUGUUUUUGUUUUUUAUAUCUUGCACCUCCAUUCUUAUUCACUUGUUACUAAAUGUAAAAAGACUCUUUUAUAGUCAGGCAUUCAGUGCAUAGUAAGAUUAAAUGUUGAAAGUUGACAGACAGCAAUAUUGAUUAUUCUGUAUGUUUCACGCAUUAAAUCUCUUGUCCCUGUGGGACAAUUAUAACAUAAACAUAACAAGAGUCUUGCAAAACAGCCUUAAGAGAGUUAGUGGCUCAGUAAAGGGAGAGUACCAAAAUGUUCUCAACAAUUGUUCUGAACCUCAAGUACAGUGCAUCUGCAAUGCUGUGCAAGAGUAAAACUUUUCUUGGUUGUUAGAUGUAUGUUUUGUUCUGUAGAAAGGGAUCCCUGAAUGCUGACAUUUUUCUACUGACCUUGGCUAUCAUUGGGAUUAUAUUUAUUUAAUUUUAUUGUGUUAUUAAUUGCACCUUGUGGACAGAGGACAUAAAAAUGUGGUCAGUUUCACAAGGGACCACCAUUUAUAGAUAGCCUGACGGUUUUUGUGUGAAUAAUAUUUGAAACAGCUGUUGAAGAAAUCCUGUAUCCAAAUCAGCAGAAAGCAGACCUCUUGAAAAUGUUUUUAGAAAGAAAAUAACAAUUCUUACAGAUUUUGAACAUAGCUUUGGAACAGAGCAUGAAUUGCUUUAAAACAUCUACUUUCUCAGAAGGUCUGUGUAAUUCCACAUUGCUGUUGUGAGUUUUUAAUCUCAUUGCUUGUGAGGUUUCUGCAUCCAAAGGCAAGUCGCUAUUCCCCCGUUAUUCUCUCUGUUCUUCUGUGCUCCUUCACAUCUGUACAGUCCGGCGGAGGUCAGUGGAGUUGCAUAGCCGUGACUCAGCACGUUUUCUUCUGACAGUGUGACAGUCCUCCCAACCCCCCCAAGAAAACGAGUAAAACAUGAAUCCUCUUCAUCAUAUUUCACUGCUCCCUCCAAGGUCAUCUCCACAAAACAUCUGAAACUCCUAGUAGUGGGAAAGCUAGGGAAAAGACUGUUUUGUGGACAGCGAUGUCAAUACUGUAUGCAUGUGGAAAAACUCUUCAAAAGAGAAAUGCAUUAGGAAGUAUAGAGGCACAAUGAUGCAUUUUUGUCCUCUCUGUGAUCAGUAUUGAAAACAUUACCAUUUAUUUAAAAAUAAAAAGGUAUUUUCCCUCCUCAGUUACUCUGCUAUGCAAACGUCUGUUAUGCUUAAUAUUCCCCAUCUGAACUCCUCAGUUAACUUGGUUUGCAGAUAGACUUUUUCCUGGAGUGGGUUGUAAAUAGCCUUUAAUGUACAUUGAAUGAAUUUCACAUUGUAAAAUUUUUAUUUUAUUCCUUGUAUUAUAUUAAGUGAAAAUCCCUGUGUAUAUGAAAGUGCAUAAUAAAUAUAUUUGCUUUUCAGCAGA